UCUAAAUGGAAGAGGAAGAGGGGUCAGAAGCUGAUGGCAGCAGCUUCCAUGCAAAAGCCACGGUGGCUUCCCUGGCCUUUCCCACUCUGCUUUUCCUCUUGUGAAGAAGGACAUCCUUCCUUCCCUGGCCAGCUUGGCAGGAUCUCAUCCUCUUCUUGCAAACCGUGAGCUGAACAGGGUGAUGAGGAUACCUAGGAGUUAACUUCAGAGGUUUUGUCAACUCCCUCCCAUCACAUUUAAGCAGCUAAGACGAUGAUCCACUUAUUACAGACCCUUCUCCUCACUUGCUUUGCCGUCACUGUGCAAGCCAAGAUCUUUGGUCGCUGCGAGUUGUACCACGUGCUGAAAGUUAGCGGACUGGAUGGAUAUGAGGGGUACAGCCUGGCCAACUGGAUCUGCAUGUCGUUUUUUGAGACUGGCUUUGACACAGAGGCUGUUGACAGGCGCAAGGAUGGCACUAAAGACUACGGCAUCUUCCAUAUCAACAAUGGCUGGUGGUGUAAAGAUGAAGGUACCCUUUCAGAGAACCUUUGCUCCAUGUCUUGUGCAGAUUUAUUGAAUACUGAUAUUCACGAUGAUAUCUUAUGUGUCAAGAGGAUUGUGAAAGAUCCCCAAGGCAUGGGGACCUGGAAGGAGUGGAAAAAGCACUGUGAAAAGCAAGACCUGCGUGAGUGGGUGAAGGGGUGUAAUCCCUGAAAACCUGUCUACCUUCUGUUUGCCAUCUCUCAUGUCAUCAAUACAGAGUUGUUUGGGUUUUU